AUAUAAUAAUAUUUUAUUUUUAAUAUCUCUCUCUCUCUCUCUCUCUCUCUCUCUCGUGUUCUCUUCAGUUUGGCCGAAAACAGAUCCCUCUUUCUUUUCAGAGUCUCUGCUUCAUUCGAUCUCGUCAAUCGAAAUUUCCAGACAUUCUCAGUAACUCAAUUUCCUCCGAAAACCUUUUUGCUGCGUUUCUAUGCUCGGGAUUUCAAUUCGCCACUGGGUUUCCAAUUUUCCUUUUCUACCGUUGCUCUGUUUCUUGGAAUUCUGUUCUAUUCAGGAUUAGGGUUUAUGUUCUGUUUUCGGUUUCGAUUUUUUCGGGAGCGAAAUUCAGAGCGUGGAGUAUUUGAUCGUUCCUUCUUUUUAGAAUGAUAAUCAAGCGGAACCUGAAAUCCCAAAUGCCGAGUCAGAAGCGGUGCAGACUCGGUGCCUCGGCGGUUGAGGAUGACGAGUGCGCGGCAGAAACUCGGAAGAGGAAGAAGAAGAAGACCAAUGAGCACUACCCUCUGAAUCUCCUCGCCGGCGUAAUUCCCAUGAGCUUCCGCGGCUUACUCGGCGCCGGCGGUGGAGUUUCUGAGAAGGUCGAAAUUGAAUCGAACUCGAAGGGGGGCGGCGGCAACGGCGGCGAAGGAGUCAAGAAGAAUGCUACGCGGCCGCCGCUGGUGCGGACUUCGCGGGGCCGAGUACAGGUGCUUCCUUCGAGGUUCAAUGAUUCGGUUAUUGAGGAUUGGAGAAAGGAUAGCAACAAGGGUGCUACUAGCUUGCCUGAUUAUGAAUUUGAGUGUGGGAAGAAGUUGAAUUUCAGGGCAACGAAAAAUUCUAACCAUGGUGCGAGGAAAGGGAAGAACGGUCACAAGCCUCCCACAUUGUGUGAGGAGGUGCUGCUUAAGAAUUUUGACGCCAAGCGUGGUAAGGUGUUUGUUGAAGAUGUUGUGGGGUUUGUGGAAUUAACGGGUGAUGAGAGAGUUUUGAAGGAGAAGAAGAAGAAAGAUGGGUUGUAUGGACCAGAAGACUUUUAUGCAGGUGAUAUAGUGUGGGCCAAAGCAAGGAAGAAGGAACCUUUUUGGCCUGCCAUUGUUAUUGAUCCUAUUUGUCAGGCACCUGAGCUGGUCUUGAAGUCUUGUAUAGCUGAUGCAGCUUGCGUGAUGUUUCUUGGGUACUCUGAGAAUGAAAAUCAUAGGGACUAUGCGUGGGUAGAGUAUGGGAUGAUUUUUCCAUUUAUGGAAUAUGUAGACAGGUUCCAGAGGCAGUCUGAAUUGAGUAGCUGUAAAUCCUCCGAAUUUCAAAAGGCAAUAGAGGAGGCAUUUUUGGCAGAUCAGGGCUUUACAGAGAAGUUGAUAGCAGAUAUAAAUACAGCCGCUUGUAACAAUGGUUACAGUGAUUCUAUUUUGAAAGGCUUCCGUGAGGUUGAUGGUUCAAACCAGAAUGAAGGAUGCCACUUUCUGAGCCAGGAUUUAUUUGAUAAGAAGAAAGACAACCGACCCUGUGAAGUAUGUGGAUUGGACCUUCCUUUCAAAACGCCAAAGAAAACAAAGGAUUUGAAUCCUGGCAGCCAAUUCCUAUGUAAAACAUGUGCUAGGUUAACAAAAUCUAAACAUUAUUGUGGCAUAUGCAAGAAAGUUUGGAAUCAUUCAGAUAGUGGAAGCUGGGUGCGCUGCGAUGGAUGUAAAGUGUGGGUGCAUGCAGAAUGCGACAAAAUCUCCAGCAAUCUUUUCAAGAAUCUUGGAGGCACUGAUUAUUUCUGCCCUACUUGCAAAGUGAAGUUUAAUUUUGAGUUAUCUGAUUCAGAAAAAUCACAGCCAAAAGUCAAAUGGAACAAAAACAGUGGGCAGCUAGUGCUUCCAAACAAGGUCACUGUUCUCUGCAAUGGUGUGGAAGGCAUAUAUUUCCCAAGCCUUCACUUAGUUGUGUGCAAGUGUGGUUUUUGUGAGACUGAAAAGCAAGCUCUUCCUGAGUGGGAACGCCAUACAGGUUCCAAAUUUAGAAAUUGGAGAACAAGUAUUCGGGUGAAAGGAUCCAUGCUAUCACUGGAACAAUGGAUGCUGCAAUUGGCAGAGUUUCAUGCUAAAGCUGUAGUUUCUAUCAAACCUAAAAAACCUUCCUUAAAAGAAAGGAAGCAGAAGUUGCUUACCUUUUUGCAAGAAAAGUAUGAACCUGUUUGUGCUAAGUGGACUACAGAACGAUGUGCUGUAUGUAGAUGGGUUGAAGAUUGGGACUACAACAAAAUUAUCAUUUGCAACAGAUGUCAAAUAGCUGUUCAUCAAGAAUGCUAUGGAGCAAGGAAUGUUCGAGACUUUACGUCAUGGGUUUGUAAAGCUUGUGAAACACCUGACAUCAAGCGGGAGUGUUGUCUUUGCCCUGUAAAAGGUGGUGCUCUAAAGCCAACUGAUGUUGACACAUUAUGGGUUCAUGUCACUUGUGCUUGGUUUCGACCUGAAGUCUCUUUUGCUAGUGAUGAGAAGAUGGAGCCUGCUUUGGGUAUUCUGAGCAUUCCAUCAAAUUCUUUUGUGAAGAUUUGUGUUAUUUGUAAGCAAAUUCAUGGUUCGUGCACACAAUGUUGCAAGUGUUCCACUUAUUUCCAUGCCAUGUGUGCAUCAAGGGCCGGUUAUCGCAUGGAGUUGCAUUGUUCGGAGAAAAAUGGUAAACAGACAACAAGAAUGAUUUCUUAUUGUGCUUACCACAGGGCUCCCAAUCCAGACACUGUUUUGAUUAUGCAAACCCCUCUUGGUGUAAUUUCAACCAAAAGCCUUCUCCAAACUAAGAAAAAAGCUGGGUCAAGGUUAAUUUCAUCUAACAGAGCAAAGGUAGAAGACAUUCCUCCUGCAGAUAACACUGGACACGAGCCAUUCUCUGCUGCUAGGUGUCGUAUCUUUCAAAGAACAAACCAUACAAAAAAGAGAGCAGCAGAUGAAGCCAUUGCUCAUCAAGUGAGGGGUCACUACCAUCAUCCUUUAGAUGCAAUACAUAGUUUAAAUGCAUACAGAGCGGUAAAUGAACCUCAGGCAUUUUCUUCUUUCAAGGAACGCCUUUGCUACUUACAGAGAACUGAAAACGAACGGGUUUGCUUUGGUAGAUCGGGCAUACAUGGAUGGGGCCUCUUUGCACGUAGAAAUAUUCAAGAAGGAGAAAUGCAGGUUCUUGAAUAUCGUGGUGAACAAGUGAGGCGCAGCAUUGCAGAUCUAAGGGAGGCACGCUAUAGAUUAGAAGGGAAAGACUGCUAUCUGUUCAAGAUAAGUGAAGAAGUGGUAGUAGAUGCCACUGAUAAAGGAAAUAUAGCGCGGCUGAUUAACCAUUCUUGUAUGCCAAAUUGCUAUGCAAGGAUCAUGAGUGUGGGUGAUGACGAGAGCCGGAUUGCACUCAUUGCUAAGACUAACGUAUCUGCUGGCGAUGAGCUAACGUAUGACUACUUGUUUGAUCCUGAUGAGCCAGAUGAAUUUAAAGUCCCUUGUUUAUGUAAAGCUCCAAACUGCCGGAAAUUCAUGAAUUAGGAUCAUUGAGUUCAUGAUGACAAGGAUUGUUUCUCCGCAAGGAGCACUAACCCAUCCCCCUCAUCAGUGGGAACCUCACAGUUACACCCCAGCUGUAAUUUUAAUCAAAGCAUAAGAAAAAGUAUAGGAAAAAAAAAUGGCAUAGUUUUUCGUUUUUACCCUCAGAUGCUUACUUGGAGUUUUACUUUCCUUUGACAUUCUUGAUAGCCUAAUAAAAGCUGUAGAUUUAGCAGCUUUUUGGCUCUUGGCUUCUUUGUAAAUG